AUGCAGCAAUUUAUAUUAGCAGUAUCGAUAUUUAGUGCCGUAUUGUGCUCUCCUUUUGACGAUGGCAAAUAUAGGCCGAAGAAAUACGAUGAAUACGACGAUGGUAAAUACUACAGGCCACUCGAUGAGGGAAAAUAUAUUCCCGGUGACGAAGGUCGAUACACUUACAUCUACCAGCAAGGCGUUUGGCCCUAUGAUGGUACGUACAAGUACAUGAAUGAAAAGGACGACCCAUAUAUGGGCUACAGGGUGUACGCCAGCAGAUACCCAUACGUGCAUGGCGUUAUAAAGGGCUUAGUCAGCAAAUACGUUUCAUCGGACAGCGUGAAUUUUGGUGAGGCGACAGAGGGUAGCACAAACCACUACAGCAAAGUCUACGCGGACAAGGAAGUGGCUGUUAAAUGCCAAUAUAUAAUGCCCGAAUCUAAUAAGACCGAGUUCACCACCCAGUAUCCACCACAUAUGAAUUUAGAAAAAGGGGAAAAAUUAGGUUCCUUCUAUAGCUUUAAAGGAACCAAAGUAUUAAGUACUGUGAAAAAUGCUCUGACAAAUAAAUUGAAAUUGCAAUACGAAGUUUUUGUGAGGGUGGUCGAUGAUGUCUCACUGCCUUCUGAAAGCGAUGAAGUGACUCCGGCUGUCGAAGAACUUAAAUCUCCCCUUCUUAUCUUAAGGCCCCCUAGCGUCGCUAAGGUGGAAUCAACGACGAAUACUGAUGUAAAAAGUUCUAUAAGCGAAAUUGUGAAGUCCUUGAUCAUCGAGGAUGUGCUGCCAACUGUAAGCGGUGUUCCAACUGCUGAGGAUUUAAAGUUGACUAUUGAUGAUGUGCAACUUUUACCUAAUGAUGAUGCCAAACCAACAAUGGCUUAUGCUCAAACUUUGAGUAACGAUGAACUUAAACCCACUACAGACAGUGUUGAAGUUUCAGAAGAGGACGAUUCGAGGUCCACAUUGAGCGACGUGCAAGUUUUAACCGACGUUGGAGAUAACAUAUUGAUAAUUGAUUUACAAUCCUCGACAGAAGCUGGACAACGA